GUUCACACUCUAUGCUAACACCAGAGCUGUGCGGACCUGAAGGUGGAAUACUGGGACAUAUCUGAGAAAUGCAUUAUGAGCCUGAUAAAGGAAGACUCAACAUGGACGACAUAGUUGUAGCAGGGAUAUCAGGCCGCUUACCUGAGUCUGACAACCUGGAGGAAUUCUGGGAAAACCUGAUCAACGGUGUGGACAUGGUAACAGAAGAUGACAGACGGUGGAAGCCAGGUCUGUAUGGUCUUCCAAAGAGGAAUGGAAAACUGAAAGACGUCAGUCAUUUCGAUGCGUCUUUCUUUGGAGUCCACCCUAAACAGGCCAACACCAUGGACCCCCAGCUGAGGAUCAUGUUAGAAGUGGCCUAUGAGUCCAUCGUGGAUGGAGGGCUGAAUCCAUCGACGCUGCGCGGCAGUAAAACAGGUGUGUACAUCGGAGUGAGCGGUUCUGAGGCCAGCGAAGCCUUCAGCCGAGACCCGGAGGAGCUGCUGGGUUAUAGCAUGACCGGCUGCCAACGCGCCAUGUUGGCCAACAGACUGUCCUACUUCUUUGACUUCAGCGGGCCGAGCACCGCUAUCGACACCGCCUGUUCCUCCAGCCUCCUGGCCUUAGAAAACGCCUUCCACGCCAUUCGCCAAGGCCACUGUGACGCAGCGCUAGUGGGAGGAGUCAAUCUACUGCUGAAGCCAAACACCUCGGUGCAGUUCAUGAAACUGGGCAUGCUCAGUCCUGACGGCACCUGUAAAUCUUUUGACUCCUCAGGAAAUGGAUACUGCCGCUCCGAAGCAGCAGUAGCAGUUCUCCUGACCAAGCGAUCGGCGGCUAAAAGGGUCUACGCCACAGUGGUCAACGCUGGCAAUAACACCGACGGAUACAAAGAGCAAGGUGUGACGUUUCCUUCGGGUGAGAUGCAGCAGAAGCUGGUCUGUUCUCUGUACCAGGAGGCCAACAUCUGCCCCGAGGAGGUGGAGUACAUCGAAGCCCACGGCACCGGAACGAAGGUUGGCGAUCCACAGGAAGUGAACGGCAUUGUCGGUGUGUUCUGUCAAUCAAAGCGAGAGCCUUUGCUUAUUGGUUCCACCAAAUCCAACAUGGGUCAUCCAGAACCAGCCUCUGGUUUGGCUGCUCUGGCGAAGGUGUUGCUGUCUAUGGAGAAAGGAGUGUGGGCACCCAACCUGCACUUCAACAGCCCGAACCCCGACAUCCCAGCACUGACCGACGGUCGAGUUCAAGUAGUCGACAGGCCUAUUCCUGUCCGAGGCGGUAUCGUAGGCAUAAACUCCUUUGGAUUUGGAGGUUCCAAUGUUCAUGUGAUCCUUCGUCCGAGUAAGAGGAGCGAUAAGAAACCAGCGGACGUGACUGACAAGCUUCCCAGAAUGCUUCAGGCCUGCGGACGCACAGACUCUGCAGUUCAAACCAUUCUCCAGAAGGCAAAGGAACACAUAGAAGACCACAGCUUCUUGUCUUUGCUGAAUGAUGUGUCUGCUGCCCCCCCCUCCAGUAUGCCCUUCAGAGGGUACGCUGUGGUUGGAGCGCAGAGUGACGUCAUGGAAGUGCAGCAGGUGCAGAACAGUUCCAGACCACUGUGGUUCAUCUGUUCAGGUAUGGGGACCCAGUGGGCCGGUAUGGGGCGGAGCCUGAUGCUGCUGCCGGACUUCAAGGAGUCUGUCCUGCGCUCAGAUAAGGCGUUAAAGGGCACCGGCCUGGUCGUGUCUCAGCUGCUCAUGGAAGCCAAUGACGCCACAUUUGAAGACACUGUCCACGCCUUUGUCGGCCUCGCUGCCAUACAGAUUGCUCAGAUAGACCUGCUCAGUAAAAUGGGUCUACAGCCUGAUGGAAUUGUGGGACAUUCAGUGGGAGAACUGGCCUGCGGUUAUGCUGAUGGCUCCUUAAGUCACAGUGAAGCCAUCCUGGCCGCCUAUUGGAGAGGACGAUGCAUCAAGGAAGCCAACCUUCCUCCUGGAGGCAUGGCUGCAGUUGGUUUGACAUGGAAAGAAUGCAUGGAACAGUGUCCUGAAGGAGUGGUCCCAGCCUGUCACAAUGCUGAGGACACCGUCACCAUCUCUGGACCUCAGGAGGCAAUCACUAAAUUUGUGUCUGAGCUGAAACAACAAGGAGUUUUUGCCAAAGAAGUACGCAGCGCUGGUGUUGCCUUCCAUUCCUAUUACAUGGCUUCCAUUGCUCCGACUCUUUUGGCAGCUUUGAAGAAGGUGAUCAAGGAGCCACGGCAGCGUUCAUCCCGCUGGGUGAGCACCAGCAUCCCUCAGUCUGAGUGGGACUCUCCUUUGGCUCAGUACAGCUCAGCUGACUACCAUGUCAAUAACCUGGUGAGCCCAGUGCUGUUCCAAGAGGGACUCCGUCUGGUACCGGACAAUGCAGUGGUGGUAGAGCUCGCACCUCAUGCUCUGCUGCAGGCCAUCCUAAAGCGCAGCCUGAAGCCCACCUGUUCUAUCCUCCCUCUGAUGAAGAGAGGCCACACCAACAACCUGGAAUUUUUCCUCUCAAAUGUUGGAAAAAUAUACAUGAAUGGGGUUAACGUGGACAGUAAGAACCUGAGCCCCGUGGUACCGUAUCCUGUUCCAGUUGGUACCCCUCUGAUUUCCCCCCUCCUGCACUGGGACCACACCCAGACCUGGGAUGUUCCCAAGGUGGAGGAUUUUUCCUCUGGUUCUGGAGGAUCCAACUCUGCCAUCAUCUAUAACAUUGACAUAAACCCAGAAUCGUCGGACUACUACCUGCUUGGACACUGUAUUGAUGGACGCGUCCUCUACCCGGCAACAGGAUACCUGCUGUUGGCCUGGAGGACUUUGGCCAGAAGUCUGGGGCUCGUGAUAGAAAGUUCUGCUGUAACCUUUGAAGACGUCACCAUCCACAGGGCCACGAUGCUUCCAAAGACUGGUGCAGUCCAGUUGGAGGUGCACCUCAUGCCAGCGACCAACAAGUUUGAGGUUUCAGAGAACGGAAACCUGGCUGUCAGUGGUAAGGUGAGCCUUCUGGAGGAUGCAGCUCUGGAUUCAUUCCAUAGCCGCAUAAGGAAAGAAGCCAAUACUGGGAACUGUGAUCCCAAAACCAGGCUUGUGGCGCCGGAUAUCUAUAAGGAGCUGCGACUGCGUGGGUAUGAUUAUGGGAAGACCUUCCAGGGUAUUCUGGAGUCAAACCAUUCAGGAGAUACUGGGAAACUGCAGUGGACGGGGAACUGGGUGGUGUUCUUGGACACGAUGCUGCAGAUGAUCGUGGUUGGUUUGUCAGGGCGCAGUCUGCGUUUACCCACCAGGAUCCGCUCAGUCUGUGUUGAUCCAGUCGUCCACCUGGAGAAAGUCUGUGAUUAUGCUGAUGGAGUCAAAGCUGUGAAUGUCCAUGUGAACCGCUGCCUGGACACGGUGGUUGCGGGUGGAGUUCAGAUCAGUGGUCUACAUGCUACUGUAGCCCCCCGUCGACAGCAGCAGAGCCCCCCCACCCUGGAGGAGUUUGUGUUUGUUCCGUAUGUGGAGACGGAGUGUCUGAACAACCGUGGGAAACUGACAGAGCAGCUCAGCCUUUGUAAAGGCUUAAUCCACUCACUACAGCUGAAGCUGGCUCCUCAUGGGGUCAAACUGUCCAUCCCGGGUUUAGAGGGGGGGUCCCAGGGUCCGUUUCCCAGCCCUGAGCAGUGCGAGCCCGGCCUGGUGCGACUCCUGGGUCUGCUGUGUAGUUUGGAGCUGAAUGGAAACCUUCACUCUGAGCUGAAGCAGAUGAUGGAGAAUGAACGCACGUGUCUGCUGGAGGACGGCCUCCUGCGGGGGCUUCUGGAAGACCCCGCCCUCAGACACUGCCUGGACACCGCCAUGGAAAACAGCACGCCUGGAAGGAUUAAAGUCCUGGAGGCUCUGUCCAGUGAUGGCCGACUCUUCUCCAAGGCCUCGUCUUUUUUCAACAUCCAGCCCAUGUUGCACGUAGACUACACGGCCACGGCGGCCGACCCGGACCUGCUGACCCCCUUCACAUCAACCUUGGACCAAAUGGGAAUGGCUUCGGCUCAGUGGGACCCCCGAACAGGCCCCGCCCCCGGGGGCUCGGCAGGGGGGGCAGACUUGGUCAUGUGUAACCACGCCUGGGGGCCGUUACAAACCGACGCUAAAGCGCUGGUGGAGAACUUGUGUUCUGCUGCGAAACAGAGCGGGUUCAUCCUGGUCCACACCAUGUUGAAGGGGUUCACACUGGGAGAGAUGGUGUCAUUCCUCUGUGACACGGAUCAGAGCAGCGUUCAUCCAGGAUUACUGACACAGGCUGAGUGGGAGAACGUCUUCUUGGAGGCGGGCCUUAGCCUCGUUGCUGUCAAGAAGUCUUUUUAUGGCUCCGCCCUCUUCCUUUGCCGUCGUCGGGUUCCUGUGAAAGACCCCAUUUUUGUGACUGUGGACGACACCAGUUACAGCUGGGUGGAAACGCUCAAACUGACGUUGGCUCAACCAUCAGACAGUCCAGUCUGGUUGACCGCUUCUCAGCCCCACUGUGGCAUUGUGGGAAUGGUGAAGUGUCUACGGCAAGAACCAGGAGGCAGUCGGAUACGUUGUGCGUUUGUGUCCAAUCUGAACGAGGCCUCAGUAACACCAACACUGCAGUCGAACGCUAAAUCCAUGCAUCCGUUACUGGAGAAGGAUCUGCUGAUGAACGUAUUCAGAGAUGGACGCUGGGGGGUCUUCAGACACCAGCUCAUCACUCACGCUCUUAGAGAAGAGUUGACAGAGCAGGCCUACGUCAACGUUUUGACUCGAGGUGACCUGUCUUCACUCCGAUGGAUCGCCUCACCGCUCCGUCACUUUGUGAACGACAAUCCCAAUGUGCAGUUGUGUAACGUCUACUACAGCUCGCUCAACUUCAGAGACAUAAUGCUGGCCACAGGAAAACUGCCCCCAGAUGCAAUUCCAGGUGACCUAGCCCUGCAGCAGUGCAUGCUGGGGAUGGAGUUCUCUGGUCGUGACUCAGGCGGUCGGCGUGUCAUGGGGUUACUUCCUGCUAAAGGCUUGGCCACAUGUGUGGACGCUGACAAACGCUUCCUCUGGGAUGUUCCCUCAACCUGGACGCUGGAGCAGGCGGCCUCAGUGCCUGUGGUUUAUGCCACCGCCUACUACUCUUUAGUGGUGCGAGGAAGACUCCGGUCCGGACAAAGUGUACUUAUCCAUUCAGGAUCAGGGGGAGUGGGCCAGGCCGCCAUCGCCAUCGCACUCAGCAAGAAAUGCAAAGUCUUCACAACAGUCGGUGAGAACUUCAUUAAAAUAAAACUAGUGUACCUACAGCAGAAGUUCCCUCAGCUGACAGCAGAGUCUUUCGCCAACUCCAGAGACACGUCCUUCGAAACACACAUUCUCAGACAAACAGGAGGCAAAGGUGUGGACCUGGUGCUCAACUCUCUGUCUGAGGAGAAGCUUCAGGCCAGUAUUCGAUGCCUUUCCAGACACGGACACUUCCUGGAGAUCGGCAAAUACGACCUGUCCAACAACUCCCCUUUAGGUAUGUCUGUGUUCCUUAAGAACGUCACCUUCCAUGGCAUCCUGUUGGACGCUCUGUUUGAAGAAGGAAACCCAGAGUGGGAGGAGGUGUCUGAGCUGCUGCAGAAGGGCAUUGAGGACGCUGUGGUCCAGCCCCUGAAGACCACCGUGUUUGGGAGGGACCAGGUGGAGCAGGCCUUCAGAUACAUGGCCCAGGGAAAACACAUCGGAAAAGUGGUCCUGCAGAUCCGUCCGGAGGAUCAGACAUUCCAAACUGGUUCCCCUUUGACUCUUCCUGCGAUCUGCCGGACUUUCUGUCCUGCCUCCCACUCCUAUAUCAUCACUGGUGGACUUGGGGGCUUUGGACUUGAAUUAGCUCAGUGGUUGACCGAAAGAGGAGCCCGGAAACUGGUGCUGACUUCCAGAUCAGGCAUUAGGAACGGGUACCAGGCAAAGCGAGUCCAAGAAUGGCGGAGUCAAGGUGUGGACGUGCUAGUGUCGACAAAUGACGUGAGCACGCUUGAAGGAACAGAAAGACUGAUCGGUGAGGCAUGCAGGAUGGGUCCAGUAGGUGGCGUCUUCCACCUGGCCAUGGUGUUGAAAGAUGGCAUGUUGGAGAAUCUAACUCCUCAGCUCUUCGUUGAUGUUAACAAACCAAAAUAUGAUGGCACCAUUAAUUUGGACAAAGUGACCAGAAAGUUAUGUCCAGACCUCAGCUACUUCGUGGCCUUCUCCUCUGUGAGCUGUGGCCGUGGCAACGCUGGCCAAAGUAACUAUGGUUACGCAAACUCAGCCAUGGAGCGCGUGUGCGAGAAGCGCCGCUACGAUAACCUACCCGGACUGGCAGUCCAAUGGGGAGCCAUUGGCGAUGUGGGUGUGGUCCUGGAGACCAUGGGUGGCAACGACACGGUCAUCGGUGGAACUUUACCUCAACGCAUCACGUCCUGCCUGGAGGCGCUGGACGCAUUCAUUUGCCAGCGGCGGCCGGUGAUGUCCAGCUUUGUCCUGGCAGAGAGGACGGUGGUCAAGACCGAAGCAGGAAGUCAGAGAGACCUGGUGGACGCUGUAGCACACAUUCUGGGUGUACGGGACGUCAACAGCCUGAACGCCGACGCCUCAUUGGCCGAUCUGGGUCUGGACUCGUUGAUGGGCGUGGAGGUUCGCCAGACGCUGGAGCGAGACUACGACAUCGUGAUGGCCAUGAGGGAGAUCCGCCAACUCAGCAUAAACAAGCUGCGGCAGCUGGCUAAUGGAAAACAAGACGUUUCAAAUGACUCUCAUCCAGCCAAGAGCGGCGUCAUUCGCUCUUUGAUGGACACGGAUCUAUCGCAGCUGUUGGUCGACCCUCGGGGCCCGACGGUGGUUCCGAUCAGUAAAGGUCAGACUCAGGACAGGCCGCUGUUCCUGGUCCAUCCCAUAGAGGGCUCCAUCGCUGCGUUUAAGACGCUCACAUCCCAGCUGACCAUGCCCUGCUACGGCCUCCAGUGCACCAACGCUGCUCCUCUGGACAGUAUCGAGUCCCUGGCGUCCUACUACGUGUCCUGUAUCAGACAGGUUCAGGCGGACGGGCCCUAUCGAAUCGCAGGUUACUCCUUCGGGGCGUGUGUGGCCUUUGAAAUGUGUUCUCAGCUGCAGAGGCAGAACCAGCCGGUGGAGGUCCUGUUCCUGUUUGAUGGAUCCCACUCCUACGUAGCAGCACACACACAGAGUUACAGAGCCAAGCUGACGCCAGGCAAAGAGUCUGAAGCUGAAACUGAAGCCAUGUGUGCGUUCAUACAGCAGUUCAUCAGCGCUGAGUACAGCAAGCUGCUGGACACUCUUUUGCCGUUGUCAGACCUGGAAGCUCGUGUGGCUGCUGUGGUGGACCUGAUCACCUCCACCCAUCAGGACAUCAGCACAGACCUACUGCGCUUUGCAGCUACUGCCUUUUACUGUAAGCUCAAAGCUGCCGACGUCUACGCGCCUGCUUCCAAAUACCAUGGCAAUGUGAUGCUACUACGUGCCAAAACAGCAAUGUACGCACAAAACCUUGGAGCUGACUACAAACUGAAGGAGGUAAGACACAAAUACAUCUGUGACGGUCAGGUGUCGGUCGUAAAUCGGGGCGACCACCACACCUUCCUGGAGGGCGGGGCAGCGUCCAUCAGCAGCAUCAUCAACAGCUUAUUGGCUCGUGGUUGACUGAGCCCCGCCCAACAUUCACUCCCUCUACUGAAAACAACAUUCCCAAAGUCAGUCUUUUCAGCAGGUGGUUCCAGAUUUGGACAUGGAACC